CUGUCCUUUCGUCCCCAUCCAGUUUGAAGAGCGGCCGGAGUGUGGGCUGCUGGUGGGCAGCCUGCUGGUCCUGGGCCCUCGGAGGGAGGUGAGACCCGGCAGCCCCCACCCCCACAGCCUGUGCCCCGGCCUGUGUGCUGCCCAGAGCUCCCAUAGAGAGAGGUCCCCGCCGCCACCCUCAUGGAUCAGCCCCAGUUCAGCGGGGCGCCCCGCUUUCUCACCCGGCCCAAGGCCUUUGUCGUAUCGGUGGGCAAGGAUGCCACGCUCAGCUGCCAGAUCGUGGGUAAUCCCACGCCACAGGUGAGCUGGGAGAAGGAUCAGCAGCCGGUGGCGGCGGGCGCGCGCUUCCGUCUGGCCCAGGAUGGCGACCUGUACCGCCUCACUAUCCUGGACCUGGCGCUGGGCGACAGUGGGCAGUACGUGUGCCGCGCGCGCAAUGCCAUAGGCGAGGCCUUCGCGGCCGUGGGCUUGCAGGUGGACGCGGAGGCUGCGUGCGCAGAGCAGGCGCCGCACUUCCUGCUGCGGCCCACGUCCAUCCGCGUGCGCGAGGGCUCAGAGGCCACGUUCCGCUGCCGCGUGGGUGGCUCCCCGAAGCCCGCGGUGAGCUGGUCCAAGGACGGGCGGCGCCUGGGGGAGCCCGACGGCCCCCGCGUGCGCGUGGAGGAGCUCGGCGAGGCGAGUUCACUGCGCAUUCGGGCGGCGCGGCCGCGCGACGGCGGCACUUACGAGGUCCGCGCGGAGAACCCGCUGGGCUCCGCCAGCGCCGCAGCUGCGCUCGUGGUGGACUCGGAUGCCGCGGACACAGCCGGCCCGCCGGGAACCUCCACGGCCGCGCUCCUGGCGCACCUGCAGCGGCGGCGCGAAGCCAUGCGUGCCGAGGGCGCCCCCGCCUCGCCGCCCUGCACCGGCACGCGCACCUGCACGGUGACCGAAGGCAAGCACGCGCGCCUCAGCUGCUACGUGACCGGCGAGCCCAAGCCCGAGACGGUGUGGAAGAAGGACGGCCAGCUGGUGACCGAGGGCCGGCGCCACGUGGUGUACGAGGACGCUCAGGAGAACUUCGUGCUCAAGAUCCUCUUCUGCAAGCAGUCAGACCGCGGCCUCUACACUUGCACGGCGUCCAAUCUUGUGGGGCAGACCUACAGCUCCGUGCUGGUCGUAGUGCGCGAGCCCGCGGUUCCCUUCACGAAGCGGCUGCAGGAUCUGGAGGUGCGGGAGAAGGAGUCGGCCACGUUCCUGUGCGAGGUGCCCCAGCCGUCCACCGAGGCCGCGUGGUUCAAGGAGGAGACGCGGCUGUGGGCGAGCGCCAAGUACGGCAUCGAGGAGGAGGGCACCAAGCGCCGGCUGACCGUGCGCAACGUCUCGGCCGACGACGACGCGGUGUACAUCUGCGAGACGCGGGAGGGCAGCCGCACCGUGGCGGAGCUCGCCGUCCAAGGAAACCUUCUCCGAAAGCUCCCUCGGAAGACGGCGGUGCGCGUGGGCGACACGGCCAUGUUUUGCGUGGAGCUGGCGGUCCCGGUGGGCCCCGUCUGCUGGCUGCGGAACCAGGAGGAAGUGGUGGCCGGGGGCCGCGUGGUCAUCUCUGCGGAGGGCACGCGCCACACACUGACCAUCUCCCAGUGUUGCCUGGAGGAUGUGGGCGAGGUGGCCUUUAUGGCUGGCGACUGUCGGACGUCCACCCAGUUCUGCGUGGCGGCCCCCAGGAAGCCUCCUCUGCAGCCCCCUGCGGAUCCAAUGGUGAAGGCCAAGACGGAGAGUUCUGUGACCCUCAGCUGGUCCCCACCACCCCAGGGGGAGUGCCCUGUCGCCAUUGAUGGCUACCUGGUGGAGAAGAAGCAGCUUGGCACCUAUACCUGGAGCCGGUGCCACGAGGCUGAAUGGGUGGCCACACCUGAGCUGAUCGUGACGAAUGUGGCCGAGGAGGGGGACUUUCAGUUCCGAGUCUCAGCUCUCAACAGCUUUGGUCAGAGUCCCUACCUCGAGUUCCCAGGGACCGUCCACCUGGCCCCCCAGCUGGCGGUGAGGACACCGCUGAAGGCAGUGCAGGCAGUGGAGGGUGGCGAGGUCACCUUCUCCGUGGACCUCACGGUGGCCUCAGCGGGUGAGUGGUUCCUGGACGGGCAGGCCCUGAAGGCCAGCAGUGUGUACGAGAUCCGCUGUGACCGCACCCGGCACAUGCUCACCAUCCGGGAGGUGCCCGCCAGCCUGCACGGGGCACAGCUCAAGUUCGUGGCCAACGGCAUUGAGAGCAGCAUCCGUAUGGAGGUUCGGGCGGCACCAGGGCUGAGUGCCAACAAGCCACCAGCCGCAGCUGCCCGGGAGGUGCUGGCUCGGCUGCAUGAGGAGGCACAGCUGCUGGCCGAGCUGUCAGACCAGGCUGUGGCUGUGACGUGGCUGAAGGACGGUUGCACGCUGCCCCCGGGCCCCAAGUAUGAGGUGCAGGCUUCGGCCGGGCGGCGGGUGCUGCUUGUGCGAGAUGUGGCCCAGGACGAUGCCGGCCUCUACGAGUGCGUCAGCCGCGGGGGCCGCAUUGCCUACCAGCUGUCCGUGCAAGGCCUCGCGCGCUUUCUGCACAAGGACAUGGCGGGCAGCUGUGUGGAUGCGGUGGCUGGUGGCCCGGCGCAGUUCGAGUGUGAGACUUCGGAGGCCCACGUCCGCGUGCGCUGGUACAAGGAUGGCGUGGAGCUGGGCCGCUCCGGUGAGCGCUUCUUGCAGGAGGACGUGGGGACGCGGCACCGGCUGGUGGCAGCCAUGGUCACCAGGCAGGAUGAGGGCACCUACUCCUGCCAUGUGGGCGAGGACUCUGUGGACUUCCGGCUCUGCGUCUCUGAGCCCAAGGCAGUGUUUGCCAAGGAGCAGCCGGCACGCAGGGAGGUGCAGGCCGAGGCGGGGGCCAGCGCCACGCUGAGCUGCGAGGUGGCCCAGGCCCAGACGGAGGUGAUGUGGUACAAGGAUGGGAAGAAGCUGAGCACCAGCUCGAAAGUGCACGUGGAGGCCGCGGGCUGCACGCGGAGGCUGGUGCUGCAGCAGGCGGGCCAGGCGGACGCCGGGGAGUACAGCUGCGAGGCCGGGGGCCAGAGGGUCUCCUUCGGCCUGCACGUGGCAGAGCCCAAGGCAAUGUUUGCAAAGGAGCAGCUGGCACACAGGAAGCUGCAGGUGGAGGUGGGGGCCAGUGCCAUGCUGAGCUGCGAGGUGGCCCAGGCCCAGACAGAGGUGACGUGGUACAAGGAUAGGAAGAAGCUGAGAUCUGGCUCAAAAGUGCGUGUGGAGGCCGCGGGCUGCAUGCGGAGGCUGGUGGUGCAGCAGGUGGGCCAGGCGGAUGCUGGGGAGUACAGCUGCGAGGCUGGGGGCCAGCGGCUCUCCUUCCGUCUGGACAUCAAAGAGCCCAAGGUGGUGUUUGCCAAGGACCAAGUGUCAUGCAGGGAGGUGCAGGCCGAGGCGGGGGCCAGCACCACGCUGAGCUGCGAGGUGGCCCAGGCCCAGACGGAGGUGACGUGGUACAAGGACGGGAAGAAGCUGAGCGCCAGCUCGAAAGUGUGCGUGGAGGUCAAAGGCUGCACACGGAGGCUGGUGGUGCAGCAGGUGGGCAAAGCAGAUGCUGGGGAGUACAGCUGUGAGGCCGGGGGACAGAGGGUCUCCUUCCGCCUGCACGUCACAGAGCCCAAGGCGGUGUUUGCCAAGGAGCAGUUGGUGCAUAGUGAGGUGCAGGCCGAGGCGGGGGCCAACGCCACGCUGAGCUGUGAGGUGGCCCAGGCCCAGACGGAGGUGACGUGGUACAAGGAUGGAAAGAAGCUGAGCUCCAGCUCGAAAGUGCGCGUGGAGGUCAAAGGCUGCACACGGAGGCUGGUGGUGCAGCAGGUGGGCCAGGCGGACGCCGGGGAGUACAGCUGUGAGGCCGGGGGACAGAGGGUCUCCUUCCACCUGCACGUCACAGAGCCCAAGGCAGUGUUUGCGAUGGAGCAGUCAGUGCAUAACGAGGUGCAGGCUGAGGCGGGGGCCAGUGCCACACUGAGCUGUGAGGUGGCCCAGGCCCAGACAGAGGUGAUGUGGUACAAGGAUGGGAAGAAGCUGAGCUCCAGCUCAAAAGUGCACGUGGAGGCCACGGGCUGCAGGCGGCAGCUGGUGGUACAACAGGCAGGCCAGGCAGAUGCGGGGGAGUACAGCUGCGAGGCCGGGGGACAGCGAGUCUCCUUCUACUUGGAUGUUUCAGAGCCCAAGGCGGUGUUUGCCAAGGAGCAGCCGGCACGCAGGGAGGUGCAGGCCGAGGCGGGGGCCAGCGCCACGCUGAGCUGCGAGGUGGCCCAGGCCCAGACAGAGGUGACGUGGUACAAGGACGGGAAGAAGCUGAGCGCCAGCUCGAGAGUGCACGUGGAGGCCGCGGGCUGCACGCGGAGGCUGAUGGUGCAGCAGGCGGGCCAGGCGGACGCCGGGGAGUACAGCUGCGAGGCCGGGGGCCAGAGGGUCUCCUUCCGCCUACACGUGGCAGAGCCCAAGGCGGUGUUUGCCAAGGAGCAGCCGGCACGCAGGGAGGUGCAGGCCGAGGCGGGGGCCAGCGCUACGCUGAGCUGCGAGGUGGCCCAGGCCCAGACGGAGGUGACGUGGUACAAGGACGGGAAGAAGCUGAGCGCCAGCUCGAAAGUGCGCAUAGAGGCCGCGGGCUGCACGCGGAGGCUUGUGGUGCAGCAGGCGGGCCAGGCAGACGCCGGGGAGUACAGCUGUGAGGCCGGGGGCCAGAGGGUCUCCUUCCGCCUGCACGUGGCAGAGCCCAAGGCGGUGUUUGCCAAGGAGCAGCCGGCACGCAGGGAGGUGCAGGCCGAGGCGGGGGCCAGCGCCACGCUGAGCUGCGAGGUGGCCCAGGCCCAGACGGAGGUGACGUGGUACAAGGACGGGAAGAAGCUGAGCUCCAGCUCGAGAGUGCGCGUGGAGGCUGUGGGCUGCACGCGGAGGCUGGUGGUGCAGCAGGCGGACCAGGCGGACGCCGGGGAGUACAGCUGUGAGGCUGGGGGCCAGAGGCUGUCCUUCCGCCUGCACGUGGCAGAGCCCAAGGCGGUGUUUGCCAAGGAGCAGCCGGCACGCAGGGAGGUGCAGGCCGAGGCGGGGGCCAUUGCCACGCUGAGCUGCGAGGUGGCCCAGGCCCAGACGGAGGUGAUGUGGUACAAGGACGGGAAGAAGCUGAGCGCCAGCUCGAGAGUGCACGUGGAGGCCGCGGGCUGCACGCGGAGGCUGGUGGUGCAGCAGGCAGGCCAGGAGGACGCCGGGGAGUACAGCUGCGAGGCCGGGGGCCAGAGGGUCUCCUUCCGCCUGCACGUGGCAGAGCCCAAAGCGGUGUUUGCCAAGGAGCAGCCGGCACGCAGGGAGGUGCAGGCCGAGGCGGGGGCCAUUGCCACGCUGAGCUGCAAGGUGGCCCAGGCCCAGACGGAGGUGACGUGGUACAAGGACGGGAAGAAGCUGAGCUCCAACUCGAAAGUGCGCGUGGAGGCUGCGGGCUGCACGCGGAGGCUGGUGGUGCAGCAGGCGGGCCAGGCAGACACCGGGGAGUACAGCUGUGAGGCCGGGGGCCAGAGGGUCUCCUUCCGCCUGCACGUGGCAGAGCCCAAAGCGGUGUUUGCCAAGGAGCAGCUGGCAUGCAGGGAGGUGCAGGCCGAGGCGGGGGCCAGCGCCACGCUGAGCUGCGAAGUGGCCCAGGCCCAGACGGAGGUGACGUGGUACAGGGACGGGAAGAAGCUGAGCUCUAACUCGAAAAUGCGCAUGGAGGCCGCAGGCUGCACGCGGAGGCUGGUGGUGCAGCAGGCGGGCCAGGCAGACGCCGGGGAGUACAGCUGCGAGGCUGGGGGCCAGAGGGUCUCCUUCGGCCUGCACGUGGCAGAGCCGGAGCCCCUCAUUUCAGAGAGACCCGGCCGCAGGGAGCCUCUGGUGGUCAAGGAGCAUGAAGACAUUGUGCUGACUGCCACGCUGGCCACACCCUCUGUGGCUGCGGUGACUUGGCUCAAGGAUGGCGUGGAGAUUCGCCGCAGCAAGCGGCAUGAGACAGCCAGCCACGGGAACAGCCACACCCUGACUGUGCGUGGCGCCCAGGUGCUGGACAGCGCAGUCUACAGUUGCCGCGUGGGCACAGAGGGGCAGGACUUUCCCGUGCAGGUGGAAGAGGUGGCUGCCAGGUUCUGCCGGCCGCUGGAGCCCGUGUCUGGUGAGCUGGGCGGUGCGGUGACGCUGGCCUGCGAGCUGAGCCCGGCGUGUGCAGAGGUGGUGUGGCGCUGCGGUAGCACGCAGCUUCGGGCGGGCAAGCGCUUCCAGAUGGCGGCCGAGGGGCCCGUGCGCUCGCUCACUGUGUUGGGGCUGCGUGCCGAGGACGCCGGGGAGUACGUGUGCGAGAGCCGUGACGACCGCACCAGGGCACAGCUCACUGUCAGCGUGCCCCGAGUGGCGAAGUUUACGUCCGGGCUGAGCGCCGUGGUCGCAGAGGAGGGCCGCGAGGCCACCUUCCAGUGUGUGGUGUCCCCCAGUGACGUGGCAGUCGUGUGGUUUCGGGACGGUGCGCUGCUGCAGCCCAGCGAGAAGUUUGCCAUAUCCCAGAGUGGCGCCAGCCGCAGCCUGACCAUCUCAAGCCUGCUGCUGGAGGACGCAGGCCAGAUCACCGCGGAGGCUGAAGGUGCCUCAUCCUCAGCUGCCCUGAGGGUCCGAGAGGCACCCGUGCUGUUCAGGAAGAAGCUGGAGCCGCAGACGGUGGAGGAGCGGAGCUCAGUGACCCUGGAGGUGGAGCUGACGCGGCCCUGGCCCGAGCUGAGGUGGACGCGGAACGCCGUGGCCCUGGUGCCGGGAAAGAACGUGGAGAUCCACGCCGAGGGCGCCCGCCACCGCCUGGUUCUGCACAACGUAGGUUUUGCCGACCGUGGCUUCUUUGGCUGCGAGACCCCCGACGACAAGACGCAGGCCAAACUCACCGUGGAGAUGCGUCAGGUACGGCUGGUCCGGGGCCUGCAGGCAGUGGAAGCGCAGGAGCAGGGCACAGCUACCAUGGAGGUGCAGCUGUCGCACGCAGACGUGGAGGGCAGCUGGACUCGGGACGGUCUGCGGCUCCAGCUGGGGCCCACGUGCCACCUGGCUGCGCGGGGUCCCACGCACACACUCACGCUCUCUGGGCUGCGGCCUGAGGACAGUGGCCUGGUGGUCUUCAAGGCAGAAGGCGUGCACACAUCGGCACAGCUCGUGGUCACUGAGCUGCCCGUGAGCUUCAGCCGCCCACUGCAGGACGUGGUAACCACCGAGAAGGAGAAGGUUACCCUGGAGUGCGAGCUGUCUCGUCCUACUGUGGAUGUGCGCUGGCUGAAGGACGGUGUGGAGCUGCGGGCUGGCAAGACAGUGGGCAUCGCGGCCCAGGGCGCCUGCAGGAGCCUCACUAUUUACCGGUGCGAGUUCACAGAUCAGGGCACGUAUGUGUGUGAUGCCCAUGACGCCCAGAGCUCCGCCUCUGUGAAGGUGCAAGGCCGCAGCAUCCAGAUCGUGAGGCCCCUGGAGGACGUGGAAGUGAUGGAGAAGGACGGGGCCACCUUCUCCUGCGAGGUCUCCCACGAUGACGUGCCUGGCCAGUGGUUCCGGGAGGGCAGCAAACUUCGUCCCAGCGAGAACGUGCGCAUCCGCCAGGAAGGAAGGACAUACACACUCAUUUAUCGGAGGGUCCUGGCAGAAGAUGCAGGAGAGAUCAAAUUUGUAGCCGAAAAUGCAGAAUCGCAAGCCCAGCUCCGAGUGAAGGAGCUGCCAGUGACCCUCGUGCGCCCGCUGCGGGACAAGAUCGCCAUGGAGAAGCACCGCGGCGUGCUGGAGUGUCAGGUGUCCCGGGCCAGCGCCCAGGUGCGGUGGUUCAAGGGCGGUCGGGAGCUGCAGCCCGGGCCCAGGUAUGAGCUGGUCAGUGAUGGCCUCUACCGCAAGCUGGUGAUCAGUGACGUCCAGCCGGAGGACGAGGACACCUACACCUGCGACGCUGGUGAUGUGCAGACCAGCGCACAGCUCUUUGUGGAAGAGCAGUCCAUCACCAUCGUGCGGGGUCUGCAGGACGUGACGGUGAUGGAGCCCGCCCCUGCCUGGUUUGAGUGUGAGACCUCCAUCCCCUCAGUGCGGCCACCUAAGUGGCUCCUGGGGAAGACGGUGCUGCAGGACGGGGGAAACGUGGGCCUGGAGCAGGAGGGCACGGUGCACCGGCUGACGCUGCGGCGGACCUGCUCCACCAUGACCGGGCCCGUGCACUUCACCAUCGGCAAGUCCCGCUCCUCUGCCCGCCUGGUGGUCUCAGACAUUCCUGUCAUCCUCGCACGGCCGUUGGAGCCCAAGACGGGCCGUGAGCUGCAGUCCGUGGUCCUGUCCUGCGACUUCCGGCCGCCCCCCAAGGCUGUGCAGUGGUACAAGGGUGACACGCCCCUGUCUCCCUCUGAGAAGUUCAAGAUGAGCCUGGAGGGUCAGAUGGCCGAGCUGCGCAUCCUCCGGCUGGUGCCUGCUGAUGCUGGUGUCUACCGGUGCCAGGCGGGCAGUGCCCACAGCAGCACUGAGGUCACCGUAGAAGCACGGGAGGUGGCAGUGACAGAGCCGCUGCAGGACGUGGAGGUCACGGAGCAGGGCCAGGCCAGCUUCUCCUGUGAGCUGUCCCAUGAGGACGAGGAGGUCGAGUGGUCGCUCAACGGGACACCCCUGUACAACGACAGCUUCCACGAGAUCUCCCACAAGGGCCGGCACCACAGCCUGGUGCUGAAGAGCGUCAGGAGGGCCGACGCGGGCACGGUGCGCGCCUCCUCCCGCAAGGUGUCCACCUCCGCCCGCCUGGAGGUCCGAGCAAAGCCGGUCGUGUUCCUGAAGGCUCUGGACGACCUGUCCGCUGAGGAGCGCGGCACCCUGGCCCUGGAGUGUGAGGUCUCUGACCCCGAGGCCCCUGUGGUGUGGCGCAAAGACGGCGUGCAGCUGGGCCCCGGCGACAAGUAUGACUUCCUGCACACGGCGGGCACACGGGGGCUCGUGGUGCACGACCUGAGCCCUGAGGAUGCCGGCCUGUACACCUGCCACGUGGGCACCGAGGAGACCCGGGCCCGGGUCAGCGUGCACGACCUGCAUGUGGGCAUCACCAAGAGGCUGAAGACAGCGGAGGUGCUGGAGGGGCAGAGCUGCAGCUUCGAGUGCGUCCUGUCUCAUGAGAGCACCAGCGACCCGGCCACGUGGACAGUCAGCGGGAAGACGGUGGGCAGCUGCAGCCGCUUCGAGGCCACACGGCAGGGCCGAAAAUACGUGCUGGUGGUCCGGGAGGCUGCGCUGAGCGACGCUGGGGAGGUGGUCUUCUCUGUGCGGGGCCUCACCUCCAAGGCCUCACUCAUCGUCAAAGAGAGGCCAGUGGUCAUCACGAAGCCCCUGGAAGACCAGCGGGCGGCGCCAGGGGAGGACGUGGAGCUGCGCUGUGAGCUGUCGCGGGCGGGCACCCCCGUGCGCUGGCUGAAGGAUGGGAAGGCCAUCCGCAAAAGCCAGAAGUAUGACGUGGUCUGCAAGGACACGAUGGCCACGCUGGUUGUCCGUGGAGCCUCACUCAAGGAUGUGGGCGAGUACACGUGUGAGGUGGAGGCUUCCAAGAGCACAGCCAGACUCCGCGUGGAAGAAAAAGCAAACCGCUUCACAGAGGAGCUGGCCGACCUGCAGGUGGAGGAGACGGGCACAGCUGUAUUCACGUGCAAGACGGAGCGCCCCGCAGCCACCGUGACCUGGCGCAAGGGCCCCUUGGAGCUUCAGGCCUCAGGGAAGCACCAGCUCAGCCAGGAGGGCCUGACCCUUCGGCUCACCAUCAGCGCCCUGGAGAAGGCAGACAGCGACACCUACACCUGCGACAUCAGCCAGGCCCGGACCCAGGCCCGGCUCCUGGUGCAAGGCCGGCGGGUGCACGUCAUCGAGGACCUGGAGGACGCGGAUGUGCGGGAGGGCUCCUCGGCCACCUUCCGUUGCCGGAUCUCCCCUGCCAACUACGAGCCUGUGCACUGGUUCCUGGACAGGACACCCCUGCAUACGAAUGAACUCAAUGAGAUCGAGGCCCAGCCCGGGGGCUACCAUGUGUUGACGCUGCGGCAGCUGGCGCUCAAGGACUCCGGCACCAUCUACUUUGAGGCGGGUGACCAGCGGGCCUCGGCUGCCCUGAGGGUCACUGAGAAGCCAAGCGUCUUCUCCCGGGAGCUCGCAGAUGCCACGGUCACAGAGGGCGAGGACUUGACCCUGGCGUGCGAGACCAGUACCCGCGACAUCCCCGUGCGCUGGACGAAGGACGGGAAGACCCUGCGGCCGUCCGCCCGCUGCCAGCUGAGCCACGAGGGCCACCGGGCCCAGCUGCUCAUCACCGGGGCCGCCCUGCAGGACAGCGGACGCUACAAGUGUGAGGCUGAGGGCGCCUGCAGCAGCUCCAUCGUCAGGGUGCAUGCCCGGCCGGUGCGGUUCCAGGAGGCCCUGAAGGACCUGGAGGUGCUGGAGGGCGGUGCUGCCACACUGCGCUGCGUUCUGUCAUCUGUGGCCGCACCUGUGAAGUGGCGCUGCGGGGACAGUGUCCUGAGGCCAGGUGACAAAUACAGCCUACGCCAGGAGGGCACCAUGCUGGAGCUGGUGGUUCGGGACCUGCGGCCGCAGGACAGUGGGCUAUACUCAUGCUCCUUCGGGGACCAGACCACUUCUGCCACCCUGACAGUGACAGCUCUGCCUGCUCAGUUCAUUGGGAAACUGAGGAACAAGGAGGCCACGGAAGGGACCACGGCCACGCUGCAGUGUGAGCUGAGCAAGGCGGCCCCCGUGGAGUGGAGAAAGGGGUCUGAGACCCUUAGAGAUGGGGACAGAUACUGCCUGAGGCAGGUCGGGGCCGUGUGUGAGCUGCAGAUCCGUGGCCUGGCUGUGGUGGACGCCGGGGAGUACUCGUGUGUGUGUGGGGAGCAGAGGACCUCUGCCGUGCUCACUGUCAGGGCCAUACCUGCCCACUUCAUAGGAAGACUGAGACACCAAGAGGCCACGGAAGGGGCCACGGCCACGCUGCGGUGUGAGCUGAGCAAGGCGGCCGCCGUGGAGUGGAGGAAGGGGCGCGAGAGCCUCAGAGACGGGGACAGACACAGCCUGAGGCAGGAUGGGGCCGUAUGUGAGCUGCAGAUCUGUGGCUUGGCCGUGGCGGAUGCUGGGGAGUACUUGUGCGUGUGUGGGGAGGAGAGGACCUCUGCCAUGCUCACCGUAAAGGCCCUGCCGGCCAGGUUCACAGGGGGUCUGAGGAAUGAAGAGGCCAUGGAAGGGGCCACAGCCACGCUGCGGUGUGAACUGAGCAAGGCAGCCCCUGUGGAGUGGAGGAAGGGGCCUAAGAACCUCAGAGAUGGGGACAGACACAUCCUGAGGCAGGAGGGGAUGAGGUGUGAACUGCAGAUCUGUGGCCUGGCCAUGGCGGAUGCCGGGGAGUACUCGUGCGUGUGUGGGCAGGAGAGGACAUCGGCCACGCUCACUGUCAGGGCCCUGCCUGCCAGGUUCAUAGAAGAUGUGAGAAACCAAGAGGCCAGAGAAGGGGCCACGGCCACGCUGCGGUGUGAGCUGAGCAAGGCGGCCCCCGUGGAGUGGAGGAAGGGGUCUGAGAGCCUCAGAGAUGGGGACAGAUACAGCCUGAGGCGGGACGGGACCAGGUGUGAGCUGCAGAUCCGUGGGCUGUCCGUGGCAGACACUGGGGAGUACUCGUGCGUGUGUGGACAGGAGAGGACUUCGGCCACUCUCACCGUUAGGGCUCUACCCAUCAAGUUCACAGAGGGUCUGAGGAACAAAGAGGCCACAGAAGGGGCCACGGCCACACUGCAGUGUGAGCUGAGCAAGAUGGCCCCCGUGGAGUGGCAGAAGGGGCAUGAGACCCUCAGAGAUGGAGACAGACACAGCCUGAGACAGGACGGGGUCAGGUGUGAGCUGCAGAUCCGUGGCCUGGUGGUGGAGGACGCUGGGGAGUACCUGUGCAUGUGCGGGAAGGAGAGGACCUCGGCCACACUCACCGUCAGGGCCCUGCCUUCCAAGUUCACAGAGGGUCUGAGGAAUGAAGAGGCCACAGAAGGGGCCACGGCCAUGCUGCAGUGUGAGCUGAGCAAGGCGGCCCCCGUGGAGUGGAGGAAGGGGUCUGAGAGCCUCAGAGAUGGGGACAGAUACAGCCUGAGGCGGGACGGGACCAGGUGUGAGCUGCAGAUCCGUAGGCUGUCUGUGGCGGACACUGGAGAAUACUUGUGUGUGUGCGGGCAGGAGAGGACAUCGGCCACGCUCACCGUCAGGGCCCUGCCUCCCAGAUUCACUCAAGAUCUGAAGUCCAUGGAGGCCUCAGAAGGGACCACGGCUGUGCUGCAGUGUGAGCUGAGCAAGGUGUCCCCUGUGGAGUGGAAGAAGGGUCCUGAGACCCUCAGAGAUGGGAGCAGAUACAGCCUGAAGCAGGAUGGAACAAGGUGUGAGCUGCACAUCCACAGCCUGGCUGUGGCUGAUGCUGGGGAAUACUCGUGUGUGUGUGAACAAGAGAAGACCUCAGCCAUGCUCACCGUCAGGGCCCUGCCUGCCAGGUUCACAGAGGGUCUGAGGAAUGAAGAGGCCAUGGAAGGGGCCACAGCCACACUGCAAUGUGAGCUGAGCAAGGCAGCCCCUGUGGAGUGGAGGAAGGGCCUCGAGGCUCUCAGAGAUGGGGACAGAUACAGCCUGAGACAGGACGGGGCCAUGUGUGAGCUGCAGAUUCACAGCCUGGCUAUGGCAGAUACUGGGGUGUACUCAUGUGUGUGUGGGCAGGAGAGGACCUCAGCUACACUCACUGUCAGGGCCCUGCCUGCCAGAUUCAUAGAGGAUGUGAGAAGCCAGAAGGCCACAGAAGGGGCUACAGUCACCCUGCAAUGUGAGCUGAGCAAGGCGGCUCCUGUGGAGUGGAGAAAGGGGCCCAACACCCUCACAGAUGGGGACAGACACAGCCUGAGGCAGGAUGGGACCAGGUGUGAGCUGCAGAUUCGUGGCCUGGUCAUAGCAGAUGCUGGAGAAUACUCGUGCAUAUGUGGGCAGGAGAGGACCUCAGCCACGCUCACCGUCAGGGCCCUGCCUGCGAGAUUCAUAGAAGAUGUGAGAAACCAAGAGGCCAGAGAAGGGGCCACGGUUGUACUGCAGUGUGAGCUGAGCAAGGCAGCCCCCGUGGAAUGGAGGAAGGGGUCUGAGACUCUCAGAGAUGGAGACAGAUACAGCCUGAGGCAGGAUGGGACGAGGUGUGAGCUGCAGAUUCGUGGCCUGGCUAUGGAGGACACUGGAGAGUAUUUGUGUGUGUGUGGACAGGAGAGGACCUCAGCUACACUCACUGUCAGGGCCCUGCCUGCCAAAUUUAUAGACAACAUGACAAACCAGGAGGCCACAGAAGGGGCCAUGGCCACGCUGUGGUGUGAACUGAGCAAGGCGGCCCCUGUGGAGUGGAGGAAGGGACCUGAAACCCUCCGAGAUGGGGACAGAUACAGCCUGAGGCAAGACGGGACCAGGUGUGAGCUGCAGAUUCGUGGUCUGGCUGUGGCAGAUGCUGGGGAGUACUCAUGUGUGUGUGGGCAGGAGAGGACCUCAGCCACACUCACCAUCAGGGCCCUGCCUGCCAAGUUCACAAAGGGUCUGAGGAAUGAAGAGGCCACAGAAGGGGCCAUGGUCAUGCUGCGGUGUGAACUGAGCAAGGCGGCCCCUGUGGAGUGGAGGAAGGGACCUGAACUCCUCAGAGAUGGGGACAGACACAGCCUGAGGCAGGACGGGUCCAGGUGUGAGCUUCAGAUCCGUGGCCUGGCUGUGGCAGAUGCCGGGGAGUACUCAUGCAUGUGCGGGCAGGAGAGGACCUCAGCUAUGCUGACUGUCAGGGCCCUGCCUGCCAGGUUCAUAGAAGACGUGAGAAGCCAGGAGGCCAGAGAAGGGACCACGGCCACGCUGCAGUGUGAGCUGAGCAAGGCGGCCCCCGUGGAGUGGAGGAAGGGGUCUGAGAGCCUCAGAGAUGGGGGCAGAUACAGCCUGAGGCAGGACGGGACCAGGUGUGAGCUGCAGAUCCGAGGGCUGUCUGUGGCAGACACUGGGGAGUACUCGUGUGUGUGCGGGCAGGAGAGGACAUCGGCCAUGCUCACUGUCAAGGCCCCACAGCCCGUGUUCCGGGAGCCGCUGCAGAGUCUUCAGGUGGAGGAGGGCUCCAGUGCCAGCCUGCAGUGUGCGCUGUCUGAGCCCGCCGCUGCGGUGGUCUGGAGCAAGGGCGGCCUGGAGCUGCAGGCCGACGGGCGCCGGGAGCCACGGCUUCGGGGCUGCAUGGCGGAGCUGGUGUUGCGGGACCUGCUGCGUGAAGACGCCGGCGAGUACACCUGCACCUGUGGCUCCCAGAGCACCAGCGCCACCCUCACCGUCACAGCGGCACCUGUGCAGUUCCUCCAAGAGCUGCAGCCCCAGGAGGUGGACGAGGGAGACACGGCGCACCUGCGCUGUGAGCUGAGCCAGGCGGGUGCCAGCAUGGAGUGGCGCAAGGGCUCCCUGCAGCUCUUCCCUUGUGCCAAGUACCAGAUGGUUCAGGACGGGGCCGCUGCGGAGUUGCUGGUACGCGGUGUGGAGCAGGAGGACGCGGGUGACUACACGUGCGACACGGGUCACAUGCAGAGCACAGCCAGCCUCUCCGUUCGUGUCCCCAGGCCCAAGUUCAAGACCCGGCUGCAGAGCCUGGAGCAGCAGACGGGUGCCGUAGCCCGGCUGUGCUGUCAGCUGAGCGACGCAGACCCGGGGGCCACGGUGCAAUGGCUCAAGGAGGGCAUGGAGCUGCACGCGGGCCCCAAGUAUGAGAUGAGGAGCCAGGGGGCCAUGCGGGAGCUGCUGAUCCACCAACUGGAGGCAAAGGACACGGGCGAGUAUGCCUGCGUGACAGGUGGCCAGAAAACCUCUGCCUCCCUCAGGGUCACAGAGCCCGAAGUGACCAUUGUGCGGGGGCUGGUUGACGCGGAGGUGCUGGCCGACGAGGAUGUUGAGUUCAGCUGCGAAGUGUCCCAGGCUGGAGCCACAGACGUGCAGUGGUGCCUGCAGGGCCUGCUGCUGCAAAGCAACGAGGUGACAGAGGUGGCCACGCGGGAUGGCCGAGUCCACAUCCUGCGGCUGAAGGGUGUGACGCCUGAGGACGCCGGCACUGUCUCCUUCCACGUGGGCGGCCAUGCUUCCUCCGCCCAGCUCACUAUCAGAGCUCCUGAGGUGACCAUCCUGGAGCCCCUGCAGGACGUGCAGCUCAGCGAGGGCCAGGAUGCCAGCUUCCAGUGCCGGCUAUCCAGAGCGUCAGGCCAGGAAGCCCGCUGGGCUUUAGGAGGCGUGCCCCUGCAGGCCAACGAGAUGAACGACAUCGCUGUGGAACAGGGCACACUCCACCUGCUCACCCUGCACAAGGUGACCCUUGAGGAUGCUGGAACUGUCAGCUUCCACGUGGGCACAUGUAGCUCCGAGGCCCAGCUGAAAGUCACAGAGGCAGCGCCGUGCCUGGUACGUGGCUUGCAGAAUGUGGAUGUCUUCGCGGGGGAGGUGGCCACGUUCUCCUGUGAGGUGUCUCACGCGGGUGGGCCGGAGGCCCGCUGGUGGCUGGAUGGGACCCUGCUACAGGAUGGCCCCCAAAGCGCCAUCGCUGUGCGUGAAGGGACUUUUCACUCCCUCACGCUCUCAGGCCUGGGGGUGGCCGACUCCGGCACCAUCACUUUCCGCGCAGGGGCCCUGGUCUCCAUGGCCAAGUUGUUGAUCAAAGAUCCUGUGGUGGAGGUGGUCAGUGCCAUGCAGGACCUGGCUGUGGAGGAGGGCGGCUCGGCCGAGCUCCUCUGCCAGUACUCACGGCCUGUGCAGGCCACGUGGAAGACGGACGAGCGGGAGGUGCGUGCGGAUGGGCGCCGUGUCAUCAUAGAGCAGGACUGGAACGUGGCCAGGCUGACCUUCAGGCCGGCCUUGCCCUGUGACAGUGGCAUCUAUUCUUGUGAGGCUGCGGGCACCCGCGUAGUGGCCCUGCUGCAAGUGCAAGCCAAGAACACGGUGGUGCAGGGGCUGGAGAAUGUGGAGGCGCUGGAGGGCGGCGAGGCGCUGUUUGAGUGCCAGCUGUCCCAGCCCGAGGUGGCCGCCCACACCUGGCUGCUGGACGACGAACCCGUGCGCACCUCGGAGAAUGCCGAGGUGGUCUACUUCGAGAAUGGCCUGCGCCACCUGCUGCUUCUCAAAAACUUGCGGCCCCAGGACAGCUGCCGGGUGACCUUCCUGGCUGGGGACAUGGUGACCUCUGCGUUCCUCACGGUCCGAGGCUGGCGCCUGGAGAUCCUGGAGCCGCUGAAGGACGCGGCGGUCCCGGCCGGCGCGCAGGCCCGCUUCACCUGCACGCUCAGUGAGGCGGUGCCGGUGGGAGAGGCAUCCUGGUACAUCAACGGCGCUGCGGUGCAGCCAGAUGAUGCUGACUGGAUGGUCACUGCCGACGGCAGUCACCACGCCCUGCUGCUGUGCGGUGCCCAGCCCCACCACGCCGGGGAGGUCACCUUCGCUUGCCGCGACGCCGUGGCCUCUGCGUGGCUCACCGUGCUGGGCCUCCCUGAGCCCCCAGAGGAUGCUGAGGUGGUGGCUCGCAGUGGCCACGCUGUGACACUGUCUUGGGCAGCUCCCACGAGCGAUGGAGGCGGUGGUCUCUGUGGCUACCGCGUGGAGGUGAAGGAGGGGGCCACAGGCCAGUGGCGGCUAUGCCACGAUCUGGUGCCUGGACCUGAGUGUGUCGUGGAUGGCCUGGCCCCCGGGGAGACCUACCGCUUCCGUGUGGCAGCCGUGGGCCCUGCGGGCGCCGGGGAGCCAGUGCACCUGCCCCAGACUGUGCAGCUUGAGCCACCAAAGCCUGUGCGUCCCCAGCCCUCAGCUCUUGAGAGCCGGCAGGUGGCAGCUGGUGAGGAUGUCUGUCUGGAGCUUGAGGUGGCCGCUGAGGCUGGCGAGGUUGUCUGGCACAGAGGGACGGAGCACAUCCAACCCAGCGGGCACUUCGAGGUGGUCUCCCAGGGUCGGCGACAGAUGCUGGUGAUCAGGGGCUUCACGGCAGAAGACGAGGGCGAGUACCGCUGUGGUCUGGCCCAGGACUCCACCUGCCCCGAGGCUGCUACCUUCCAGGUGGCGCUGAGCCCAGCCUCUGUGGAUGAGGGCCCUCCGCAGCCCAGCCUGCCCCCCGAGGCAGCUCAGGAGGGUGACCUGCACCUGCUGUGGGAGGCCCUGGCUCGAAAGCGUCGCAUGAGCCGUGAGCCCACGCUGGACUCCAUCAGCGAGCUGCCUGAGGAGGAUGGCCGCUCGCAGCGCCUGCCCCAGGAGGCAGAGGAGGUGGCACCUGACUUCUCCGAAGGCUACUCCACGGCUGAUGAGCUGGCACGCACCGGAGAGGCUGACCUUUCACACACCAGCUCUGAUGACGAGUCCCGGGCAGGCACCCCUUCCCUGGUCGCCUACCUCAAGAAGGCGGGGAGGCCAGGCAUGUCACCACUGGUCAGCAAGGUCGGGGCCCCAGGAGCCCCCUCUGUGAAGCCACAGGAGCAGCAGGAGCCACUGGCUGCUGUGCGCCCACCACUGGGAGACCUGAGCACCAAAGACCUGGGUGAUCCCUCAAUGGACAAGGCAGCUGUGAAGAUCCAGGCCGCCUUUAAGGGCUACAAGGUUCGGAAAGAGAUGAAGCAGCAGGAAGGGCCCGUGUUCUCCCACACAUUUGGGGACACUGAGGCACAGGUGGGGGAUGCCCUGCAGCUGGAGUGUGUCGUGGCCAGCAAGGCAGAUGUGCGAGCCCGCUGGCUGAAGGAUGGCGUGGAGCUGACUGAUGGGCGGCACCACCACAUUGACCAGCUUGGGGACGGCACCUGCUCUCUGCUGAUUACUGGCCUAGGCCGUGCUGAUGCUGGCCACUACACCUGCCAGGUGAGCAACAAGUUUGGCCAGGUAGCCCACAGUGCCUGCGUGGUGGUCAGUGGGACAGAGAGUGAGGCUGAGAGCUCCUCCAGCGGUGAGCUGGAUGAUACCUUCCGGCGGGCCGCCCGGCGGCUGCACCGGCUCUUCCGCACCAAGAGCCCGGCUGAGGUUUCAGACGAGGAGCUGUUCCUGAGUGCAGACGAGGGCCCUGCAGAGCCAGAGGAGCCCGCAGACUGGCAGACGUACCACGAAGAUGAGCAUUUCAUCCGCAUCCGUUUUGAGGCACUCACUGAGGCCCGCCAGGCGGUAACCCGCUUCCAGGAGAUGUUUGCCACGCUGGGCAUUGGAGUGGAGAUCAACCUUGUGGAGCAGGGGCCCCAGAAGGUGGAGAUGUGCAUCCGCAAAGAGGCCCCUACACCUGGGGCGCCUCCAGAGCCAGCGCCCAGCCUGCUGACUUCUGAUGCCGCCCCGGUGUUCCUGACCGAGUUGCAGAACCAAGAAGUGCAGGAUGGAUAUCCUGUGAGCUUUGACUGCGUGGUGACAGGUCAGCCCAUGCCCAGUGUGCGCUGGUUCAAGGAUGGGAAGUUGUUGGAGGAGAAUGACCACUACAUGAUUAAUGAAGACCAACAGGGUGGCCAUCAGCUCAUCAUCACAGCCGUGGUGCCAGCAGACAUGGGCGUCUACCGCUGCCUGGCUGAGAACAGCAUGGGGGUCUCCUCCACCAAGGCCGAGCUCCGUGUGGACUUGACAAGCACAGACUACGAAACUGCGGCAGAUGCCACGGAGACCUCGUCCUACUUCAGUGCCCAAGGCUACCUGUCCAGCCGGGAGCAGGAGGGGACAGAAUCCACCAGUGACGAAGGCCAGCUGCCCCAGGUGGUAGAGGAGCUGAGAGACCUCCGGGUAGCCCCUGGCACACGCCUGGCCAAGUUCCAGCUCAAGGUGAAAGGCUACCCAGCUCCCAGGUUAUACUGGUUCAAAGACGGCCAGCCCCUGACCGCAUCCGCCCACAUCCGCAUGACUGACAAGAAGACCCUGCACACCCUGGAGGUCAUGUCGGUCACCCGGGAGGACGCUGGCCAGUACGCGGCCUACAUCAGCAAUGCCACGGGCGCCGCCUACUCGUCUGCGCGGCUGCUGGUCCAAGGCCCCGAUGAACCAGAAGAGAAGCCUGCAUCAGAUGUGCGUAAGCAGCUGGUGCCACCCCGAAUCCUGGAGAGGUUCACCCCCAAGAAAGUGAAGAAGGGCUCCAGCAUCACCUUUUCUGUGAAGGUAGAAGGAUGCCCAGCACCCACCGUGCACUGGCUCAGGGAGGCGGCUGAGAGGGGCGUGCUGUGGAUUGGUCCCGACACACCGGGCUACACUGUGGCCAGCUCAGCACAGCAGCACAGCCUGGUCCUGCUGGACGUGGGCCGGGAGCACCAGGGCACCUACACGUGCAUCGCCAGCAACACCGCCGGCCAGGCCAUCUGCUCCGCCAGCCUGCACAUCUCUGGUCUGCCUAAGGCGGAGGAGCAGGAGAAAGUGAAGGAAGCGCUGAUUUCCACUUUCCUGCAGGGGACCACACCAGCCGUCUCAGCACAGGGGUUGGAACCUGUGGGUUUGGCUGACCUUGCAGGGCAGAGGAAAGGAGAGCCUCUGGCUGCCAAGGAGGCCUUGGGCCACCUAUCCCUCGCCGAGGUGGGCACAGAGGAGUUCCUGCAGAAACUGACCUCCCAGAUCACCGAGAUGGUAUCAGCCAAGAUCACGCAGGCCAAGCUGCAGGUGCCCGGAGGCGACAGCGACGAGGAGUCCAAGACGCCAUCUGCGUCCCCCCGGCACGGCCGGUCACGGCCGUCCUCCAGUGUCCAGGAGUCUUCCUCAGAGUCAGAGGACGGGGAUGCCCGAGGCGAAAUCUUUGAUAUCUACGUGGUCACCGCCGACUACCUGCCCCUGGGGGCCGAGCAGGACGCCAUUGCGCUGCGGGAAGGCCAGUAUGUGGAGGUCCUGGAUGCCGCCCACCCACUGCGCUGGCUGGUCCGCACCAAGCCCACCAAGUCCAGCCCCUCGCGGCAGGGCUGGGUGUCACCAGCCUACCUGGACAAGAGGCUCAAGCUGUCGCCCGAGUGGGGGGCCGCCGAGGCCCCCGAGCUCCCCGGGGAGGCGGUGUCUGAAGACGAGUACAAGCCAAGGCUGAGCUCUGUGAUCCAGGAGAUGCUGAGCUCUGAGCAGGCCUUCGUGGAAGAGCUGCAGUUCCUGCAGAGUCACCACCUGCAGCACCUGGAGCGCUGCCCACAUGUGCCCACGGCUGUGGCCAGCCAGAAAGCAGUCAUCUUCCGCAACGUACAGGAUAUCGCCCGCUUCCACAGCAGCUUCCUGCAGGAGCUGCGGCAGUGCGACACGGACGACGACGUGGCCAUGUGCUUCAUUAAGAACCAGGCGGCCUUUGAGCAGUACCUGGAGUUCCUGGUGGGCCGCGUGCAGGCUGAGUCGGUGGUCGUCAGCACAGCCGUCCAGGAGUUCUACAAGAAAUACGCGGAGGAGACCCUGUCGGCAGGAGACCCCUCUCGGCCCCCGCCACCGCCCCUGCAGCACUACCUGGAGCAGCCAGUGGAACGCGUGCAGCGCUACCAGGCCUUGCUGAAGGAGCUGAUCCGCAACAAGGCACGGAACAGACAGAACUGUGCGCUGCUGGAGCAGGCCUACGCCGUGGUGUCCGCCCUGCCGAAGCGCGCCGAGGACAAGCUGCACGUGUCCCUCAUGGAGAACUACCCCGGCACCCUGGAGGCCCUGGGCGAGCCCGUCCGCCAGGGCCACUUCAUCGUGUGGGAGGGUGCGCCGGGGGCCCGCAUGCCCUGGAAGGGCCACAACCGCCACGUGUUCCUCUUCCGCAACCACCUGGUGAUCUGCAAGCCCCGGCGGGACUCCCGCACCGACACCUUCAGCUACGUGUUCCGGAACAUGAUGAAGCUGAGCAGCAUCGACCUGAAUGACCAGGUGGAGGGGGACGAUCGCGCCUUCGAGGUGUGGCAGGAGCGGGAGGACUCCGUGCGCAAGUACCUGCUGCAAGCACGGACGACCAUCAUCAAGAACUCAUGGGUGAAGGAGAUCUGUGGCAUCCAGCAGCGUCUGGCCCUGCCUGUGUGGAGGCCCCCGGACUUUGAAGAGGAGCUGGCCGACUGCACGGCCGAGCUGGGCGAGACGGUCAAGCUGGCCUGCCGUGUCACAGGCACACCCAAGCCCAUCGUCAGCUGGUACAAAGAUGGGAAGCCAGUGGAGGUGGACCCCCACCACAUCCUCAUCGAGGACCCGGACGGCUCGUGUGCCCUCAUCCUGGACAGCCUGACCGGUGUGGACUCUGGACAGUACAUGUGCUUCGCAGCCAGUGCCGCUGGCACCUGUAGUACCCUGGGCAAGAUCCUGGUGCAGGUCCCACCACGGUUCGUGAACAAGGUCCGGGCCUCGCCCUUUGUGGAGGGAGAGGAUGCCCAGUUCACCUGCACCAUUGAAGGCGCACCGCACCCGCAGAUCAGGUGGUACAAGGACGGGGCCCGUCUGACCCCUGGCAGCAAGAUCCAGAUGCUGAGUGAUCCCCGCAGCGGCCUGCUGGUGCUGGUGAUCCGCGCAGCCAGCGAGGAGGACCUGGGGCUCUAUGAGUGUGAGCUGGUGAACCGGCUGGGCUCCGCGAGGGCCAGUGCGGAGCUGUGCAUUCAAAGCCCCGCACUGCAGGCCCGGGAGCAGCACCACGGGGAGCAGCUCGUGGCUGCCGUGGAAGACACCACCCUGGAGAAAGCGGACCAGGAGGUCACAUCCGUCCUGGAGAGACUGCUGGGCUCCAAGGUGCCAGGGCCCUCCACAGGGGACCUCACUGGCCCCGGCCCUGGCCCCUGCCCCGAGAUGGCACCUGCACUCCAGGAAGCUGGCUCCCAGCCCCCAGUCACUGGAACUUCAGAGGCACCCGCCGGGCCCCCGAGGAUGCCACAGCCCCUCCUCCACGAAGCCCCAGAGCAGGAGCCCAAGGCCCGUGCCAGAGCCCAGGAGCGGACUGUGCCCAUUCGGAUGGAGGGCACAGCCUGGUCCGGGGCAGGCACAGGGGAGCUGCUCUGGGACGUCCACAGCCACGUGGUCACAGAGACCAUGCAGAGGACCUACACAUACCGGGCCGUGGACACGCGCACCGCACGGCCCCCAUCCAUGCAGGUGACCAUCGAGGAUGUGCAGGCGCAGACAGGUGGCGCGGCCCAAUUCCAGGCUGUCAUUGAGGGCGACCCACAGCCCACAGUGGCCUGGUACAAGGACAGCAUCCAGCUGGUGGACAGCGCCCGGCUUAGCCAGCAGCAGGAAGGCACCACGUACUCCCUGGUGCUGAGGGAUGUGUCCUCAAAGGACGCCGGCGUCUACACGUGCCUGGCCCAAAACGCCGGCGGCCAGGUGCUCUGCAAGGCAGAGUUGUUGGUGCUUGGGGGGGACAGUGAGCUGGACUCGGAGAAGCAAAGCCCGCGGAGGAGGCUGCACUCCUUCUAUGAGGUCAAGGAGGAGAUCGGAAGGGGCGUGUUUGGCUUCGUGAAGAGAGUACAGCACAAAGGAAACAAGAUCUCCUGUGCUGCCAAGUUCAUCCCCCUGCGGAGCAGAACUCGGGCCCAGGCGUACAGGGAGCGAGACAUCCUGGCCACGCUGAGCCACCCGCUGGUCACAGGGCUGCUGGACCAGUUUGAGACCCGCAAGACCCUCAUCCUCGUUCUGGAGCUGUGCUCAUCUGAGGAGCUGCUGGACCGCCUGUUCAGGAAGGGCGUAGUCACAGAAGCCGAGGUCAAGGUCUACAUCCAGCAGCUGGCGGAGGGGCUGCACUACCUGCACAGCCACGGCGUCCUCCACCUGGACAUAAAGCCCCCUAACAUCCUGAUGCUGCAUCCUGCCCGGGAAGACAUUAAAAUCUGCGACUUCGGCUUCGCGCAGAGCAUCACCCCGGCAGAGCCGCAGUUCAGCCAGUACGGCUCCCCUGAGUUCGUCUCCCCCGAGAUCAUCCAGCAGACCCCUGUGAGCGAGGCCUCUGACAUCUGGGCCAUGGGUGUCAUCUCCUACCUCAGCCUGACCUGCUCGUCCCCGUUUGCCGGCGAGAGUGACCGUGCCACCCUCCUGAAUGUCCUGGAGGGACGUGUGUCAUGGAGCAGCCCCAUGGCUGCCCACCUCAGUGAAGACGCCAAGGACUUCAUCAAGGCUGCGUUGCAGAGGGCCCCGAGGGCCCGGCCCAGUGCAGCCCAGUGCCUCUCCCAUCCCUGGUUCCUGAAAUCCAUGCCUGCCGAGGAGGCCCACUUCAUCAACACCAAGCAGCUCAAGUUCCUCCUGGCCCGAAGCCGCUGGCAGCGUUCCUUGAUGAGCUACAAGUCCAUCCUGGUCAUGCGCUCCAUCCCUGAGCUGCUACAGGGCGCGCCCGACAGCCCCUCCCUCGGCGUGGCCCGGCACCUCCGCACAGACGCUGCUGGCUCCUCCAGUUCCUCCUCCUCCUCCGACAAUGAGCUCGCCCCGUUUGCCCGGGCCAAGUCGCUGCCACCCUCCCCGGUGACACACUCACCGCUGCUGCACCCCCGGGGCUUCCUGCGGCCCUCGGCCAGCCUGCCUGAGGAGGCCGAGGCCCCUGGUCCGCCCGCGUUGCCCGAGGGUGCUGGGCCACCAGCAGCCCAGGGCUGUGUGCCCCGGCACAGCGUCAUCCGAAGCCUGUUCUACCAGCAGGCAGGUGAGGGCCCCGAGCGCCGGGCCCUGGCCUCAGAGACCAGGCGGCACCCAGCCCGGCGGCGGCACCUGCUGAAGGGCGGGUACAUCGCGGGGGUGCUGCCGGGCCUGCGAGAGCCGCUGAUGGAGUACCGUUCGCUGGAGGAGGAGGCCGCCAGGGAGGAGCAGGCCACCCUCCUGGCCAAAGCUCCCUCCUUUGAGACCGCCCUCCGGCUGCCUGCCCCUGGCACCCACUCGGUCCCUGGCCGCAGCCGCUCCCUGGAACAUGACCCUCUGAGCACCCACCACCCCUCCCUGGGGGCCUGUGGUGAGGCACAGCAACUGCCUCCAGCCCCCUCCAGUGGGGGCCCUGCCAGGGACAUGGGGCACCCUCAAGGCUCUGAGCAGCUUCUGUCCACUGGAGGCCACUCAGGCACUGCUCAGCCAGAGGGGCCAUCCCUGGACAGCCCUUUGGGGCAGCCGGCCCCUUUCUGUCACCCCAAGCAGGGUUCUGGCCCCCAGGAGGGCUGCAGCCCCCACUGGGCACUUGCCCCACACCCUCCCAGCUCCUUCCCUCCAGGAUCUUGUGAAGAGGCCACCUCAGUACCCUCAAGCCACCUCCUGGGACAGCCUGAGGCACCCCCUGCCCCAGCCCAAGCAAGCCCCCUGCUAGACUCUAAGAUGGGGCCGAAACCCAGCCCCUGCAGUUCCCCAGGGCCAGCCCCCCAGGCGAGCUCUUCCCAAGUGAGCUCCCACAGGAUGGGCUCCCCGCAGGUGGGUGCAGAGCCUGGCCCCUCCCUGGAUGCUGAGGGCUGGUCCCAGGAGGCUGAGGAUCUCUCACCCACCCUGCAUCGGCCUCAGGAGCAGGCCACCACGCGGAAAUUCUCCCUGGGGCAUCAUGGGGGCUAUGCCGGCGUGGCUGGCUAUGGCACCUUUGCCUUCGGCGGGGAUGCGGGAGGCAUGCUGGGGCAAGGACCCAUGUGGGCCAGGAUGGCCUGGGCUGUGUCCCAGUCCUCGGAGGAGCAGGAGGAGGCUAGGGCUGAGAGCCUGCCGCCCCAGGCCAGUCCAAGGCCCAUGCCUGAGGCCGGCAGGACUCCCUCCAGGACCUCUCUAGAGCCCACCCCAUGGGAGGACACCGGGCAGGUCUCCCUGGUCCAGAUCCGGGACCUGUCAGGUGACACAGAGGCGGCCGACACAGUAUCCUUGGACAUUUCCGAGGUAGACCCUGCCUACCUCAACCUCUCGGACCUGUACGACAUCAAGUACCUCCCGUUCGAGUUUAUGAUCUUCAGGAAAGUCCCCAAGCCGGCUCAGCCACAGCCACCCUCGCCCAGGGCUGAGGAGGAGCUGGCUGAGAUCCCAGAGCCUGAGUGGCUCUGGCCAGGCAAACUGGGCCCCCAGGCGGGCCUGGAGAUCACGGAGGGGCCAGAGGACGUGGAGGCGCUGCUGGCGGAGGCUGCCGCGGGCAGGAAGCGCAAGUGGAUCUCACCGUCUCGCGGCCUCUUCCGCCUCCCUGGGAGGCACCUGCCGCUGGCCGAGCCGUCGGAGCUGGGGCUGCGUGAGAAAGUGAAGGCCUCCAUGGAGCACAUCUCCCGGAUCCUGAAGGGCAGGCCGGAAGGUCUGGAGAAGGAGGGGCCCCCCAGGAAGAAACCAGGCCUUGCUUCUUUCCGGCUCUCAGGUCUGAAGAGCUGGGACCGAGCGCCGACAUUCCUAAGGGAGCUCUCAGAUGAGACUGUGGUCCUGGGCCAGUCAGUGACUCUGGCCUGCCAGGUGUCGGCCCAGCCAGCUGCCCAGGCCACCUGGAGCAAAGACGGGGUCCCCUUGGAGAGCAGCAGCCACACCCUCAUCUCGGCCACCCACAAGAACUUCCAGUUUCUGACCAUCCUGGUGGUGGCAGCUGAGGACCUGGGUGCGUACACCUGCAGCGUGAGCAAUGUGCUGGGGACGGCGGCCACCACGGGCAUCCUCCGGAAGGCAGAGCGCCCCUCGUCCUCGCCAUGCCCGGACAUCGGGGAGGUGUACGCGGACGGGGUACUGCUGGUCUGGAAGCCCGUGGAGUCCUAUGGCCCCGUCACCUACAUUGUGCAGUGCAGCCUAGAAGGCGGCAGCUGGACCACACUGGCCUCCGACAUCUUUGACUGCUGCUACCUGACCAGCAAGCUCUCCCGGGGCGGCGUGUACACCUUCCGCACGGCAUGCGUCAGCAAGGCAGGCAUGGGCCCCUACAGCACCCCCUCGGAGCAAGUCCUCCUGGGAGGGCCCAGCCACCUGGCCUCUGAGGAGGAGAGCCAGGGGCGGCCAGCCCAACCCCUGCCCAGCACACAGACCUUCGCGUUCCAGACACAGAUCCGGAGGGGCCGGUUCAGUGUGGUGCGGCAGUGCUGGGAGAAGGCCAGUGGGCGGGCACUGGCUGCCAAGAUCGUCCCCUACCAGCCCAAGGACAAGACAGCCGUGCUGCGUGAAUACGAGGCCCUCAAGGGCCUGCGCCACCCGCACCUGGCCCAGCUGCACGCAGCCUACCUCAGCCCCCGGCACCUGGUGCUCAUCUUGGAGCUGUGCUCUGGGCCCGAGCUGCUCCCCUGCCUGGCUGAGAGGGCCUCCUACUCAGAAUCCGAGGUGAAGGACUACCUGUGGCAGAUGCUGAGCGCCACCCAGUACCUGCACUCCCAGUGCAUUCUGCACCUGGAUCUGAGGUCCGAGAACAUGAUCAUCACCGAAUACAACCUGCUCAAGGUCGUGGACCUGGGCAAUGCACAGAGCCUCAGCCAGGAGAAGGUGCUGCCCUCGGAGAAGUUCAAGGACUACCUAGAGACCAUGGCUCCAGAGCUCCUGGAGGGUCAGGGGGCUGUUCCGCAGACAGACAUCUGGGCCAUUGGUGUGACAGCCUUCAUCAUGCUGAGCGCUGAGUACCCGGUGAGCAGCGAGGGUGCACGCGACCUGCAGAGAAGCCUGCGCAAGGGGCUGCUCCGCUUGAGCCGCUGCUACGCUGGGCUGUCCGGGGGCGCCGUGGCCUUCCUGCGCAGCACGCUGUGCGCCCAGCCCUGGGGCCGGCCCUGCGCGUCCAGCUGCCUGCAGUGCCCGUGGCUGACAGAGGAGGGCCCGGCCUGCUCGCGGCCCGCGCCCGUGACCUUCCCUACCGCGCGGCUGCGCGCCUUUGUGCGCGAGCGCGAGAAGAGACGGGCGCUGCUGUACAAGAGGCACCACCUGGCCCAGGUGCGCUGAGGGUCGCCCGACCCCCUCGCUGCAGACGCGCCAAUAAAAACGCACAGCUGGCGCGCCUCCGUC